AUGGACAGGUAAUCGUAUAUUGAAUAGCAAUUCGAAAACUUUCCUUUUAAAUUAUUAGGAGAACUAAUCAAUGGAUGGGAAAAUGCCUAAAGUUUUGGGGAUGUAGAGAUGAAACUACCAGGUGGAUUCAGUGGCACAACCUAUGUUGUUACCAAUCCAUAAAGAGCUCUGGAUGAGCAUAACCCAGUUAUUGUAAAGCUUUAUAGCAAUGAAACAAGAAGUGGCAUCCCAAAAGAGAUUGAUAUUGUGAAGAUUCUAUCUGAUAUCAAGUGGGGACCACAUGUCUACUAUGUUUGCGAUACAUUUAGAAUCGAAUAGUUUUAAGAUGCCAGAAAUAUGAAUAUUUGGGAAAUGAGAAACCCUCAUUAUGUGGAGUAAAUUAUUAUGAAGCUUAUGGACUUCGACCAUCAUCCUGAAAUGAUUCAAAAAGUUCAAAGCUACUUCGAUGGAAAAAGAUUGAGCACAUUAGACAUUUUGAAGUACGAAAAGUAUCCAAAGUUUAUUGAAAAGAUACCUAGUAUAAUCGAAAAGAUAGAUGCUGAUAUCUAUAAAGAUUACAAAGACAUAAUAAUGGAUAUGUAGAAAGAAUGGGUAGAUACAAAUUUAGUAGAAUUAAUUGACUAGCUUUUUCCUGAGAAAUACACAGAUGAUGAUCUUGUGCUCUCUCACAAUGACUGCCAGCAAGGCAAUAUUUUAGUCUAUAGGAAAGAUCAGGCAAAAAUUGUGAUUAUAGACUAUGAGGAUACCAGCUUUGGUCCAAAAUUCCUAGAUAUUUCUAGUUUCUUAGGUUGCUUUAUGAAGGAUAAUGAGCAUCCUGAGCCACCCUAUAUCAAGAUUUACUAUGAAAAUACUAUCAGUGAAUGGGAACUUAGAUACUACACUGAAUUCUACUUAAAGAGAUAUCACUAACUGUAUUACAAGGGAGACAAGUCACUGGAUGAGUACUUGAUUUAAGAGAGUUAGAAGUUUUAUGAGGAUUUGAUUUGUGGUAUCAUAUUUUUCAAUAUUUAUUUUGGAGUGUGGGGAAUAACCUAUUUAAGAGAAGAAUUCACUUUAAAUCACUCAAGUUUCUUCACACUAGCUAAAAAUAGAAUUUUGAUGAAUAGGUACUUUAUGAAUCAAGAAUUUGUUAAAAAGGUUUUGGAUACCAGGUUGAUUAAAAAGUAAAUCAUAUGA